CGACCAAUGAAAAACGUACUAUAAAGUUUGACCAAAAGAAGAUUUCCAGGUAUUUUCAUUCUUCGAGGGCUGACGAAAAGAAGUCUGGGACAGCUCAUCAGUCAGCAACUCUGCACACGUCAAUGGUUGACCAGGUACCUGGCCAGGACAAACUAAUUACCACACUGGGAUCGCCGCCUUGGGAAAUUGAUUGGGCGGCCGAAGGACUCAAUCCACCAAGCUCUGAACAAUCUGCUCCAGAGGAUGGCUAUUCCGCAGCACCCCCUCGUGUCAAUGAAGAUGCAGUUGAUGCCAAUAGCCAUGAUUAUGCGUUGGACUCUCUCAAAGCUCUGUCAGCUACUUCCGAUCGGGGUGACGGCUCUUGUGGCAUUGAGCCUUCCCCUCGUAUUAGCGCGCCCUAUCUACAUGCAACUUCUUCAACCAAAGACUUCGAUAAACUCAUUCCUUUGAGGUAUCAAUAUUCUAUUGCCCCGAAUGCAGAAGAACCCAAAGACGGAAUCGUCUACCCGGAGGCACUUGAGGCUCCUGGGGCAGUCGUCAAUGCUCUGGCUGAUGGUCUUAUGAGUGGAUCCUUGCAUCCUCGAAUCUCCUCCACUAAUCCAGCCGUUCACUUCACGAUCCCUUUGGAAGGUGAUCCGUUGACUGGCCCGGAGCCCUACAGAGGUUCUAACUCCUUGAACGAUACUGUAUCCCUACCGGCACUGACCCAGUUGAAUCGACUCGAACGUAUCCCUGAUUAUGCAGCUCAAUGGCAGCAUCAAACCGGCGCACAGAGUGGUGCCGAUCUUUGGGAGGUCCAUGAACCCAUUGCUUACGGUAUUUCUUCAGCCCAACAACAUCUUGUCGACGGGGAAGGCUGGAACAUUCCACCCGAAAUUCUUGAUUACUCAGACGGUGGUAUCGCCCAUCAUCUUGAUUCAAGUCAUCAAUUCACAAACAAUGCUGGUUUCACUGAUUCUGAGCUGGAACUCGGUGCAGAUAGGAACCGUCAAGCGGAAGCAAAUAAUGGGUUUAGCGAUUUUAUCCCAUGCAAUAACAUGCAAGAUUGCGACUCUGUGCGUCCUUUAGAGGAUAAAACUUUCUUCUCUGUCGAACCUGCAGAGAUAACCUUGGCUCAAUCUCAGUCAUUCGCUCAAUCCUCUCCUCAGGUACACGAUUCCUGGCCUCACCAAGAAUGCUGGUCACCAUCUUUUCUUCCCGAAUCCUCUGAGAUGAAUCGCAGCUUCUCGCGUGCGAGUACGGAUGUAUCAUCUAUGAAGGAUUACGGGGUGAGGUUCCAAGAAGGCCGUUCCUUACUCUUAGGUUUUGACCCAACAAGCAACCACUUCCCAAUCGCGAGAGCAGUGGGGGAAGAGGAAGAAAGGAAGUUUGUGAAAACUUUGCUUGGGCAGGGGUCCGUGUCUUGGUGGGGGCGAGGGAGAAAAGCGUGAUCUCAGGUAAGAGAUGGGGUCAGCGAUUGUCUUGCGGUUGCAGUUAGAUGGGAUGUAUCGAAUGGUGUUGUAGUGGCAAGCGA